AUGGGUUCCCUUGCCAAGGAGAUAGACAGAGAGGUGAUCCCAUUUGUCCGUGUUUACAAAGAUGGCUCAGUUGAAAGACUACUGGGUACUCCUUACAAAGCACCAUUGCUCAAUGAUCCUGUAUCUGGAGUCUCAUCCAAAGAUGUCACCAUUUCUAAAGUCCCUUUGAUCUCAGCCAGAAUCUUCCUCCCUAAACUCGAUGAUGAGCAGCCUCAACAGAAACUCCCCAUCUUGGUUUACUGCCAUGGUGGAGGUUUCUGUAUCGAAUCCGCCUUCUCUUUCGAUCACCACCGGUUUCUUGACGGCUUGGUGUCCCAAGCUAGAGUUGUUGCUGUUUCUGUGGAGUACAGGAUGGCUCCUGAACACCCUCUUCCUGCAGGCUAUGAAGACUGUUGGGCUGCACUGGAAUGGGUGGCUUCACACUUCGUUGAAAAUGGCAUCAGUGAGGAGCCUUGGUUGACGAAUCACGGCAACCCGGAGUAUUUCUUUCUUGGCGGUGAUAGUGCAGGAGCUAACAUUGCUCAUAAUGUGGCAAUGAGAGUUGGCAAAGAGGGCUUGCCUGGUGGUUUGAAGAUACUGGGGCUCUCUCUUACUCACCCCUAUUUUUGGGGUUCCAAGCCUAUUGCGGAAGACCCUUGCAAAGAGCCUGAGAAGGAUUUGGCAGCCAUGCUUUGGAACUUUGGGUACCCUUCAGCACCUGGAGGGCUUGAUAAUCCAUUCAUCAAUCCUCUUGCUCCGGAAGCACCAUGCUUGGCAGGACUAGGGUGUUCCAAGUUGUUUGUGAGCGUCUCGGAACAUGAUGGGCUGAAGUUUCGAGGCAUUCGAUACUACGAUGCCGUGAAGAAAAGUGGGUGGAAAGGAGAGGCAGAGCUGGUGGACGUGGAAGGAGAGGCUCAUGCAUUUCAUAUUUUGAAAUUUGAGACUCAGAAAGCCCAGGAUUUGAUAAAAAAGUUGGUUGAUUUUCUUAAGGUGGAAGGCAAGAAGGUAGAGAAGGAGGUAGAAAAAGAGCUAAUACCAUUUGUCCGAGUCUACAAGGAUGGCUCGGUUGAACGACUCAUGGGCACUCCAUAUGUGCCCCCAAUGCUUAAUGAUCCAGUAUCAGGAGUAUCAUCAAAAGAUAUCACAAUUUCGCAAAAUCCGUUGAUCUCGGCCAGAGUCUUCCUCCCAAAACUUGACGCUGAUCAACCACACCAGAAGCUCCCCAUCUUGGUUUACUUCCAUGGAGGAGCUUUUAUGAUCGAAUCCGCAUUCUCAUUCGAUCACCACAGGUAUCUUGACAGCUUGGUUUCCCAAGCCAAAGUAGUUGCUGUUUCAGUUGAGUACAGGAUGGCUCCUGAGCACCCUCUUCCUGCUGGCUAUGAAGAUUGUUGGGCUGCCCUCCAAUGGGUUGCCUCACACUUCGUUGAUAAUGGUAUCAGUGAAGAGCCUUGGUUGACAAAUCAUGGCAACCCGGACAGGUUUUUUCUUGGUGGUGAUAGUGCAGGUGCCAACAUUGCUCAUAAUGUGGCAAUGAGAGUUGGGAAAGAAGGUUUGCCUGGUGGUCUAAAAAUAAGGGGAACCUCCCUCACACACCCUUAUUUUUGGGGUUCCAAGCCACUCGGGGAAUCAGACCCUUGCAAAGAGCCUGAGAAGGAUUUGGGGUGUAAUGUUUGGAACUUCUCGUACCCUAAUGCGCCUGGUGGGAUUGAUAAUCCAAUGAUGAAUCCGUUUGGUCCAGAAGCACCAAGCUUGGCUGGACUUGGGUGUUCAAAGUUGUUUGUUAGUGUUUCUGAGAAGGAUACUCUGAGAUAUAGAGGUGUUCAUUACUAUGAGGCAGUGAAGAAAAGUGGUUGGAAAGGUGAAGCAGAGUUGGUUGAAGUGGUCGGAGAAGAACAUGCGUUUCAUAUUUUGAAGUUUGAGACUCCGAAAGCUCAGGACCUGACUAGAAAAGUGGCUGAGUUUCUCCUCGAGUAGAAACUAGUCUCCCCAAAUUCUAAAUGAGUUUUAUGCUUUGCAGUGUGCUUCUCUUCCUUGCAGGGUUUAUACCUAUAAACCUCUAGCUUUGUGGUUGUAAUGUCCUUGUCCUACUAUAUAUGGUGUAGUAUUGACUUGUUGGUAUUAAUGGACGGUCUAACGGUUCCUGAU